CUACUGUGGAAGACGAAGGUCCACCAUCACUGGUACCAGAGGAAGAUCCAUCACAGCCUCUUGGUCAGACAACAGACAUGUUUAAUUAAAGGUUGUCUUUUGGAAGGGGGUGGAGACAUGGCCAGCACCACCGAUCAUCAAACAGGAGGAUAUGGAUGAUGAUGAUGACAUGGAGUCUCAAGCUUACGGCAAGUGGAUUCCAGAGACACAUGGGGCCAAUCAGAAUAUCACAGGAGAAAGUAAUGAGCAAGAGAGAAGUCAAUCAUCUGGGGGAUCCAAAGAACUUAGACUUGAGGACUUCAAGACAGAACAGAAUCCGUUGCUGGUCUCAACUGAGGAUGCUGCUGCACCCGUAAAGAAGAAAUAUGAUAAAAGGUACACCUGUGAAAUAUGUGGAAAGACUGAGACCAAGAAAGCCAGAAUGACGAGUCACAUGAGAAGGCACACAGGGAUGCCCUUUAACUGCGAUAUCUGUGGCGAGAAAUUCCAGUGUCAGAAAUUAUUGACCAGGCACAAGCGCUCCAAUCACUACACAGGGAUCAUCUACAGUUGCUCUGUGUGCGGAAAAACUUUCAUGCAGGCCACAUCUCGCGACACGCAUGAGCGUGGUCACACUGGAAAAAACUAUUGGUGCUCAGACUGUGGUGAGACGUUCAAGGAGCGCCAGGAACGCGACACGCACGAGUGCAUUGUUUACAAAGGUGACCGGCCCUUCAGCUGCUCCGAGUGCAACAAGGACUUUGAAAGGCAGUACCAUCUCAAAAAACACCAGCUGGAAAAACACCCUCUAAUGGUGGACCAGACUGUCGACCCUGAACCUGAGUCAAAGCACUUUGAGGACCAACAGAGUCCGUUGUCUGAGAGUUCUGAGGCACCCACGUGUUUCACCUGUGACAUAUGUGGAAUGAUUAUUAUGAAUAAAGGCAACAUUAACAGACACAUGUUAACACACACAAAGAAGCCCUUUAGUUGUGAUAUCUGUGGUGAGAAUUUUAAGCGCAAAGCCCAAUUUACCCGACAUCAGGGCAAACACACGAGAGUUGAGGAGAAAAUAGAAAAAGCCUACAGUUGCACUGUGUGUGGAAUGAUGUUUGUAUAUUCUAAAAUGCGCAACAACCAUGAGCGCAAACACAUUGGAGAAGACUAUUGUUGUUCAGACUGUGGCAAGACGUUCAAGGAGCGCCAGGAUCGCGACACGCACGAAUGCAUUGUUUAUAAGGGAGACCGGCCCUACAGCUGCUCAGAGUGCAAUGAGGACUUUGAAAGGCAGUACCAUCUCAAAAAACACCAGCUGGAAAAACACCCUCUAAUGGUGGAGCAGACUGUUGACCCAGAGCCUGAGUCAAAGCACUUUGAGGACCAAACGAGUCAGUUUGAGUCAGCUGAGAGUUCUGAGACUGAGGCACCCACGUGUUUCACCUGUGACAUAUGUGGAAUGAUUAUUAUGAAUAAAGGCAACAUUAACAGACACAUGUUAAUACACAAAAAGAAGUCCUUUAGUUGUGAUAUCUGUGGUGAGAAUUUUAAGCGCCACGCCUGUUUAGCCAAACAUCAAGGAAAACACAAGAGCGUUGAGGAGAAAAUAGAACCAUACAGUUGCUCUAUGUGCGGAAUGACGUUUGUAUAUCCUAAAAUGCGCGACAACCAUGAAUGCAAACACAUUGGAGAAGACUACUGGUGCUCAGACUGUGGCAAGACAUUCAAGGAGCGCCAGGAUCGCGACGUGCACAAGUGCAUUGUUUACAAGGGAGACCGGCCCUUCAGAUGCUCAGAGUGCAAUGAGGACUUCGAAAGACAGUACCAUCUCAAAAGACACCAGCUGGAAAAGCACCCUCUAAUGGUGGACCAGCCACGUCCCGGUCAUGAUACUGAUAUGGUAGUUCAGGGAGCACAGCCUUCAACUGACAAUGAUCUUAAGGCCGAAAUGAGUAUGUUAGGUGGAAAAGUUCCAGUAACAUGAGUUAAAGUUGACAAGUGAAAUGGCUUCAACUGAAUUAAGAUGUUUUGUAAAGUACAAAAAGGAUAGACAUGAAAUUGAAUGAAGGGAUGACGGAUAGAGUUGGAAAUAGUAUGUAGAACAUUGAUGGGACUGGGAUUCAAUCCCACACAAGCAGGGGAUUGCAUAUCCGCAGAGGGUGGUGGCCUUUACUGCACAACUAACUUUAGGCACCUGGAUGAUGUUUUACAGCAAUUUCUAAUGCUCAUUUUGGGCCUAGAUUCGAUCUGGACUGUUAUAGCGCACUUCACAUUUAAAGGUAAUUUCCGAUUUGAGCCGAAAUAUGCAGCGUUUAACGUGAAUAGACUGUGAUUCCCAAACCACCCACUCGCCCCUACCAACUCACUCGGAGAGCCCUCCGUUGUCACGUGUUGCUGACGAAACUCAGAGGGUGACUUCCAAAGAGUGGCGAGGGGCUCAAUAAACCUAUCAACUUUGGGACACACUCGUGGGUAUACUGAUGAUUUGUUUACAUAGGUUAGGAUAAUUAACGUAGCAGGUUAGGAGAAGGAGGUUAAGGUUAGGAACAGGGUUCGAGUUAGGCUUAUCUAAAAUGCUACAGUUGUCAACAACUAGAUGGAGCUGUAGGCCUACUCCAUCUAGCCACAACCAUAGAAACCAUCAGCUAUGUCAGGGGUUCCCAAACUUUUUCGCUCAGGCUGCCCUUCCAGCAUUGGGCAACAUCCCACGCUCCAUGUCUAUUUCUCUGUUCACACUGCUCUUGUUGGUGGAGAGAAUUUUGCAGGGUUAAAUCCUAUUUCUUGUAAUCUACACAUUUUGUCAUGAGGUGCAGAGAAAAUGUUGCUGUUUUAAAUCUCAUUUUCAAUUCUAUACAUUUUGCCGUGUCUAAUGUGUAUUCAUGUGAUAUGAGUGACUCCAACAUUACAACAAAAUAUAUGGGCAAAAAUAUGCUAAAAACCGUUGGACAGCAAGGGUUUUUAGAAGCGGUGUGUUAAUCAAAAUGGAAUUGAGAAGUCUUAUGACUCAGUGGUUUCAGUAACAGCAUUUAUGUUUAAGGUUUGUCAACUCGACAUGUUAAUGCUUUUUGAGAGGAAUAAAAAUGUCAACUUGUGA